AUGAUGUCUUAUCUCAAGCAACCACCUUACGCAGUGAAUGGCCUGAGUCUCACCACCUCGGGCAUGGAUUUGUUGCAUCCCUCCGUCGGUUAUCCCGGCGGCGGCGGGCGCAGGGGCCGCGGUGACACGGCUCGCUGUCCCCUCUCGGCAGCCACGCCGCGGAAGCAGCGCCGGGAGCGCACGACCUUCACCCGCGCGCAGCGCGGACCCGCCAGCCCCGACGCCGAGGCCUCACCGGUGUGGUUUAAAAACCGCCGGGCCAAGUGCCGCCAGCAGCAGCAGCAGCAGCAGAACGGGGGCCAGAACAAAGUGAGGCCGGCCAAAAAGAAGAAUUCGCCAGCCCGGGAAGUAAGUUCGGAGAGCGGGACCAGCGGGCAGUUCACUCCCCCCUCGAGCACCUCGGUGCCCACCAUUUCGAGCAGCAGUGCCCCCGUGUCCAUCUGGAGCCCGGCGUCCAUCUCCCCGCUCUCAGACCCCCUGUCCACCUCUUCCUCCUGCAUGCAGAGGUCCUACCCCAUGACCUACACGCAGGCAUCAGGCUACAGCCAAGGAUACGCUGGCUCGACCUCCUAUUUCGGAGGGAUGGACUGUGGAUCUUAUUUGACCCCUAUGCACCACCAGCUCCCUGGACCGGGGGCCACCCUGAGUCCCAUGGGUGCCAAUGCCGUAACCAGCCACCUCAACCAGUCUCCAGCCUCCCUCUCCACCCAGGGCUACGGAGCCUCCAGUUUGGGCUUUAACUCGACCACCGAUUGCUUGGAUUAUAAAGACCAAACCGCCUCCUGGAAGUUAAACUUCAACGCUGACUGCUUGGAUUAUAAGGACCAGACAUCGUCGUGGAAGUUCCAGGUUUUGUGAAGGCCGCCGGGGACCUUUGGGACCCCCCCGCGACGCCGCCCCGAGAACGAACCCGCUGGGCCGAACACUCCCGUUCUAGUCAGGUCUU